AUGUCGACGACAUCACCAGCACCAGCACCGCAAGAGCACGUCCGAGUCUCCCCAUAUCCAGAACGGCGCCGCAGCCCGGUCUCAAGUGAAGUCUACCAGCCCGUGGCCUCCCACCUCUACCGGCUGAUCGUCCAGCCGAUCGUGAAGGCAACAGUAGGCGAGCGCGACUCCUCCGGCAACACUCUGGAUCCUUUUGUUGCUGGCGGAACUUCGUUCCAAGAGAUAUUGCAGAAACUUUGGGAACAGUUCAGCCCUCAAGUUAAAGGCAGGGCAGUGAAAACCGACGGGACUUGGACCAUUGAGCCUGCUACACUAUCCAGUUGGACCAAGCUCAUGGUAUUCAAGGUGAAAAAACACAUUGUCGAUAGCUCAAAAUCCGAGGGAGUCUGGAACAUUUGGCUUCAAUCUAUGCACGACAAAACUGUCACUCUGCUUAUCUACGAUUAUGGAGUUGGAAUCGGAAGGAAGCAAGAUCGUCAGACCUUCAUGAAAGACUGCAUCCGGCCUGCAGAAACUGACAGAGCUGGUGCAUCAGCUGAGGUCUCGCUCCGUGAGAUUGUGAGUCGUCUACAGGACACCUGGGGGGCUACUUACGUUGGUGAAGCUAUAGUUUGGCGAAUGUGGGCAAAUGAAGUGACUCGGACGCUCGAUCGCUCCACAUGGGAUGAUGCAAUACGAGCUCCACCGCCUUCACGCAUUUUGAAGCUCCUCCGAGCAAGUGAUUCUCGGAUGCAGGAGCAUCUCAAUAGUAUCAACCAAUCAACACACAUGGCGCUCGACUGUGUGAAUGCAUCCAUUGCCGAGGCUGUUCGCCUUCGCAAUGACUGGGAUGCAUAUGGGCGACGUUUGGAAUGCUUCGAAAUAAGCCUUCAGACACGCAAGGCUCAGAUCGAGUCGUUCCUCCACCACAUCGACCUUCCCGAUCCAGACGAACUGGCCGAUCCGUUGGAGAACAUGGAAAAUGUUGAAGACAUCGAGCACCAAUAG